GCUACACUAGUUCUGGACGUUCUGGUGUCACUGUCAGAUUUUUAAGACAAUUUUGUUGUUCUGCAAACAUAACCUAAAACGUGGAUUUUGUAAAAUAAUAAUUACUGCAGGUAGAAAAGCGCUUCUUAAGCAUUGUUACAUUAAUAACAGCCUAUUUAGUUUUAAACUUUCAUAUCAAAUAUGGCUGACGAGGAAUAUGAGGCAGAAGACGCGGGAGCAGACUACGAUGAUAUUGCGGAGGAUGACGACAAUAUUGAAGAGACUGAGGAGCAGGAGGAAGACGGAUACAAUGUUCAGUGUCUCGCACCGGGGCAGGCCGGCGGCGGGGUCGAGAAGUCCAAGCGCAUCACUACGCGGUACAUGACUAAAUACGAACGAGCGAGAGUUUUAGGUACAAGAGCAUUACAAAUAGCCAUGUGUGCACCUGUUAUGGUUGAAUUGGAAGGAGAAACAGACCCCCUACAGAUUGCUAUGAAGGAGCUGAAACAUGGCAAGAUCCCCAUUAUAAUCAGAAGAUAUCUUCCGGACCAUUCCUAUGAAGACUGGAGUAUAGACGAACUUAUUAUCAUUGAUCAUUAAUAAUAAGAUAGCUUAGCUAGUUCUCUAUGGUUUUGUACUGUAGUUGAUGCAUCAUCAACUCCUUUGUGGGCCUUAACCAUGAUAUGAAAUUAUAAGAAAUAUGUUCAUAACUGUUUCAGUUAUCUAUGACGACGAUGACAUAAGCAAAGCAGUCACAUUUGAAAUACUUUUUUUAUUCAAUUCAGACUUGAAUAAGAAUAAAAGAAACUUAUUAGAAUUCCGAUUGUUUUGCUGGAAGCUGAAUAAUAAGUUUAUAAUUUCCAUUUUCAUAGAGUUUAUACUCCUUCAGAGAUUCUGUUAAUAUUUUGUAAUUUCUCAAUCUUUACCUCAAAAAGUACCUUUUUUAUAAUAUCAUGAUUAAGGCCUUAGUUUACUAUUAAUAAUGUCACUUCAUCAUAUUUUUAAUAGGAUGUCUGUGUAGUUCUAAGAAAUAAAUGUAAGAUAUUUUAAGUA